CGCAAACAUCGCGCGCGGUGUCGUUCUUGCAAAGGGAUACCCAUGAAGAGGAGGAGGAGGAGGAGGACGGGCGUUCCAACAGCAGGAAGCACGUAGCCACAGCACAGGGCUUUACGUACCGCAACAACAGCGACGACGACGCAAGAGAUACGGAUGACCCAUGGGUCUUGACGCAGCAGGAACUACAAGCACAUCGCAGCCUCAGCCGCCUGCCCAUCGCCCUGGCUUCCAACCUUACACAGUCCUUCAGCCGGGCGCUUUCUACCUUUCGGACCGUACGGCAUAACGACCAUCUAGCACAAUCCAUGGGCGGUACGUCGUUGGGGUUGUUUGGCCCUGACAGUUGGCUUCGGUGGCGUGCAGCCCGGCUGGUCCACCACACCUACUUCGAGUCCUGCGUAAUGCUCCUCAUCGUGGCCUCCUCCGUAACCAUUGCUCUGGACACGCCCUCUUUAGACCCGCACUCACGGCUGGGUGUUGCGAUCCGCUACCUUGACUACGCCUUCACGGGUGCCUUCACCCUGGAAGCGCUGCUCAAGAUCAUCACCUUUGGCUUCGCCUUCACGGGGAAGCACGCCUACAUCCGCAGCGGCUGGAACGUGCUGGACUUCCUCAUCGUACUCGUCGGGUUUGCGCUGACCGCCAUUCAAGUUGCCGGCAAGGACGGCAGCAACCUACAGAUGCUGAGGGUGCUGCGCACGCUGCGCGCGCUGAGGCCGUUGCGUGCCGCCAGCCGUUACGAGGGGCUGCGGGUGGUGGUCAACGCCCUGUUUGCCGUGAUCCCAGCCAUGAUGAACGUUGCGCUGGUGUGCGUGUUAUUCUACGUCAUCUUCGCCAUCCUGUCGGUCAACCUGUUCAAGGGCAAGCUGUACAGCUGCGUGGACGCGGACAGCGGCGAGCGGCUGGACCCCGAGUACCUGCUGGCACCGGGGCAGACCCUGACGCGGCAGUGGUGCGAGGCGGGCAGCGUCACCGUCACGAACUCGGCGCACACCGCCGCACUCAACGUCACACUGCCGGAGUACAACAUCAGCACGGCGUGGGUCAACCAGCGCGCCACCUUUGACCACGUGGGCGCAGCGCUGCUGACGCUCUUCCAGGUUGCCACGCUGGAGCUGUGGGUGGACAUCACCUUCAGCGCGGUGGAUGCGACGGCGGAGGGGCAGCAGCCGCUGUGGAACCACAACCCCGCGGUGGCGCUGUUCUUCGUGGCGUUCAUUGUGGUGGGCUCCUUCUUCGUGCUGAACCUGUUUGUGGGAGUGACGCUGGAUAAGUUCUCCGAGAUGCAGACCGCCCAGACCGCCAGCAGUGUCUUCAUGACCGCUCAGCAGCAGAGCUGGGUGGACGUGCAGAAGCUGCUGCUGCGCACCGCCAUGCAGCUCCGCCCGCCGCGACCCGAGGGGCCGCGCUGGAAGGAGCGGCUGUACGACUGCGUGACGCACGACGCCUUCGACCACUUCAUCCUGGCAGCCGUGCUGGUCAAUGUGGUGUUCAUGGCCACGGUGCAUGCGGGCAUGAGCAGUGCAUGGCAGGGCAUCAUGUCGUACAGCAACCUGACCUUCACCCUCAUCUUCGUGCUGGAGGCGGGCGCCAAGAUGGCGGCCUUUGGCUACCACUCCUACUUCAGGGAGCGAUGGACCGCCUUCGACUUCUUCGUAGUGCUCAUCUCCGCAGUGUCCGUGGCGCUCGACUUCAGCAACACCAAGAACCUGAGCUUCAUGCCGGCGCUGAGGGUGUUGCGCGUGGUCCGCAUCUUUCGACUCAUUCCCAGGAUGAAGGGCCUGCAGCGGCUGUUCAUGACGCUGGUGCACUCGCUGCCCUCGCUGGUCAACGUGGGCGGCAUGAUGCUGCUGCUGUUCUUCGUGUACGCGGUGAUCGGGAUGAACCUGUUCGGGGGAAUAAUGUACGGCAGCUAUCUAACCCGCCAUGCCAACUUCAACAACUUCCCCAACGCCAUGCUGACACUCAUGAGGAUGCUAACGGGUGAGAGCUGGGACGGCAUCAUGCAGGACUGCAUGGUGACCCACGGCUGCGUGCUGCUGCUGUCCGACACCGUGUCCCCCGCCACCGGCGCCCCACUGGCCGCGGGCAGCUACCUGGACCCGGGCGACCCGGCGCUCGCGGGCCUGCCGGAGGAGGCGGUGGACAACCAGUGCGCCAUCAGCCCCGCAGCGGCGGUCAUCUACUUCCCAACAUUCGUCAUACUGUGCAGCUUCAUCUUGCUGAACCUCAUCAUAGCGGUGAUCCUGGAGAAUAUGGUGGUUUCGGAGACGGAUGAGGAGCUGCCCGUGUCUAAAAGCAUGAUCCGGCAGUUUGUGGACGUGUGGAGCAGUGUGGAUCCGGCGGCCACGGGGUUCAUCCAUGCGUCGCGACUGCCGCUUGUGAUCGGCGCGUUGGACCCGCCGCUGGGCACUCGGACGGAGGGCAAGAUGGAUCGCUCUGCCGUACAGUCGGUCAUCUUGUCAGUGGACAUUCCCAUCCACGAAAACAACACGGUCACCUUUAUCGAGACGCUGCAUGCGCUGUCGGGCCGGGUUGCGGGCACCGAGCUGCCAGACAUAGAGGAGCAGUGGCUGUUCGAGCGCUUCUCCCGGCGUCUGCCCGGCGGCGGCGCUCUCUUCCCCAAGUACACCGCCGCGCACUUCCACGCGGCGCUGCACGUGCAGGCGGCGGUGCGCGGCUUCAUGGCGCGGCACCGGCUGAGGGGCAUGAUGCGGACGCUGGCGGGCGGCAAGGCGCGGGCGGCGGCGUGGAGGCAGCGCGUGACGGCGGGGCAGCAGCAGGAGGGGCAGCAGCAGCAGGGGCAGCAGCAGCAGCAGCAGGGGCAGCAGGUGCGGGCGCAUGUGCAGGUGCAGGCAAGUGCGCAGCUGGAUCCGAUUAGGGAGGACGUGGGUAAGGAGGAGGGCAAGGGCGCGUAGGGGCCCGGUGGAUGCGGUAAGCCCUGCGGGGUGAGAGCGCUGCGGGACUAAGGGGCGGAGGGAGCGGUGUGCGGUUGGCUGUUGAGGGGCGUAGGACCGUGCGAAGUGGGGGAUACGAGAAGCAGGUGAGGGAGGGGACGUGAUGUAUGGCGCUACCUGGCUUCCUCGGUGCCGAAAGCACCUUUGUGCGUUUCAGCCCCUUUAGCAAUCUCUCCUGGGGGGCAAUGUAUUACUUGCUCGAGCAGGAGGGGAACUGAAAGCUGAAUUUGAAAGCUGAAUGUUGAUGUUGUUGGUGUUGGUGUUGAGCUGCGAGAUGCUAGUUUGUAUGGGUUGUAGGGGGGUUCGAUCGGUGCGCUGUGUAGGUGCAACGAUGCUUGGUGGGUGCAUUGUUAGGUGGGUGCCGGUGCUGUGAAACACGUGUUUGCGGUGGGAGGGAUAUUGCCCCCUUGCAAACUGGGUACUGUCGAUAGGCACCUUGAUUAGCGGGUGUGGACAAUCGGAUGGGAUACUGAGCAUUGGCCUCGACACUGCCGCGGUGACAUUAUAGUAGCCAUGGGACUCGUGAGCAUGGACGAGACUACUCGUGGUAUGGGUGUGGGUGAUGCGGUGGGUUGAGGGAUGGGGAGCAUGGAAGGGGGCGGGAGACCGUGCCAUACCCCAUGCCGUACUACGCUGCUGUACAACGGCACACCCCAUGUCACCCCUCCUGAUGACGCCAGGCAAUACUCCCAAGGGAGGCCACCAAGCUAAUCAUGAUCAUGGAUGGACUUAGUAAUUAUGACGGGACUAGCAAUCAUGGGUACUACUAAUGAUGGGUUGCCCAUUAGAAAGUUGGGUGAAUCUAUAUGAAUUACUGUUGGACUUGCUAUACUUGCACAUUUGUGGUGUUGGGGUUGCGGUUUAAAGUCGAGAUGCAGGAAACAACCAAGGUUUGUACCAUGCAGGUGUUUUCUUGCCUUGUGACGACAGUUGCUGUUAGUUUAUAAUGCAUGUUGACACCAGAAACGAGUACUUGAAUAAUCAAAUGCAGGGGCGCGCGCUUUUUCUUAUGACGUAGAUGCAAACAUGCAUGUGGUUAUGACGGGUUGUUGGUGUUGCCGUACUUCAAACAGUCAGACCUGCUUCGAACCUGUUUUUUUCGGACCCUCAAGAACUUCCUUGCAUUACGCGGUAUCCGUGGUUAUGCACGUUGGACCGGCGCCGAACAAGCUGUUGGGAGUGGAGGGCAGGGGCGCUCCGCAACUCGAAUUUGGGGCUACAGGCAAAAACCACUGGAUGCACGCGCCUGCAAAUUGUAAGGUAGGCAUCCACCCAACUACACGCAUUUGUUACGGCCUUACAGGUUGCCCAAGGGUCACUUUUGUGACACCAACACGGGGGACAACUCACUUGUCACUAAUGAGCUCCGCAGGCUUCGUCACCGCGAAGCAAGCACAUGUCAGACACAA